UAACGAUAUUUCCAAGGAAAAUGUAGAAGACAAAACAAUGUCUAUGGUUCGUCAGGAUUUACAGGUUGAUGAUUAUGUUGAGAUUAACCCAGUUAUUGAAUGUCAUACACAGAACUCUGAAAAUUCAUCUUGUGGUAAGAAUCCUGCUAUCCUAGCUGUUUUAUAUUUGUUAUUUAUUUGUCGAUUUAUCUCUCUCUCUCUCUCUCUCUCUCUCUCCUUACUAUCACACAUUUACUAUUUAACACGAGGUUGCUUUACUUAUGUAUAUUGCAAUGAUUGCAAUGAUAAUAGUAAAGGAACGCUGAUGGGUCACAGGCAAAGUUAGUUCUCUUGUAAUAUCUUCUGAUUAAAACAUCAUCAGGAUACUAUGGAAAUUGUUUUUUAUUUUAGAUAUAUUUCGAACAUAUAAAAAAAGUAAAAUACACAAUUUUCUGAUCGCUAUAUACUUUAUCGGUACAUAAUCAUAUUCACGUCUUUUUUAUGCCUAAAAAUGAAGAAUUCUUCUUUUCAUUCCCAAGUCGAUAGAAAGCUUGCCAAACUUUGUUCGACCUAUUAUAGUAGCAAAUUUUUAUGCUUCAGCUAAGACCGUUUGUGCAUAAAUUGCCGCGUAUUUUACUAUGAAUCUGCUAUUUGGCGUGUAAUUGAAAUUAUUUUGAUAAGCAUUUUUACAGUCUGUAUCGAAUGUAGUUUCAUGAUUUUGGUUUUCAAUCUUGUGUCUGUGUCUGUGUCUAUCAGUAUCGUGUCUGCCAUUUCGACAGACUAUGUGUGUGUUAAGUUUUCUAUCUUCUUGUUAUUAGAAAGAUUGUCAAAUCUGUUUUGACGUCUACUUCAAACUUUUUGAUGAAGGAUUCAAUACUCGAGUUUUUCAGUUUUUACGUUGUCACGAUGUAGAAGCGUCUGUUUGAGGUUCACAUGAGAGUUUUCCAGUCUUCUUUACGGAGAUUUUCGAUUUAAGUAAGACGCUCGGCUUGCUUAGUUUGAUAAAUGACUUCUCGAAUUAUCUAUCGACUAAGGUGCUGAGUAAAAGCUUGGAUAAUUGAAGUCGAAGUUGAACUUGGCGCUGUUUUAAAGGAUUCCGUAUUUUCCUCGACUUCGAUAAUUUGAUGCUGUCGGUUUCGUUCUUGACACUUCUCAGAAACAUUAAUUUUGAUGCACUGUUGUCGGAGUUGUUUUAUCACUAACAAAUUUACGUACUGUUGUAAAGCGAAAACUUAAACAAAGCGAAUAAUGAUUCGAAUUCAAUUUGGCAAAGUGGAACUGUGAACAGAAAACAUGUCUCCUUACUAGAAUUACGUUCUAUCAAUUUUUGAAAAUAUAUGAUCGGAACUUGUUUUUACGCUCUCUAAAAAUAUAAUUUCUAAAAAUAAUCUAAAAAGAUAAUAUCUUAAACAAACUUGUAUCGGUAAGAUUUUCCAAGAGGUUCAUUAAUCUGUUUUGAAAUUGCAAUUUAUAAAAGAUGAAACAAUUAUUUUAUAUGGAAACGCUAUGACUUCGUACCAUACCAAUGACCAAGAUUGGUCUAUGAUUAGUACUUCACUGAGACAGUUGGGUGACUUUUUAAAGUCACCCAACUGUCUCUCCAACUGACUUCUCGACUGCUCGAGAAGCUAAUCCGAAAAUUGAGACGUUCGCUGAUAUUUUAUCUGCAAGAAACAAUAUUGAUAUAAUCGAACAAUCUCUGCUAAAAAUAGUUGAUCAUAAUCCAUUGACAGAAAAGAUAGCCAAAGGAAACAAACUACAAAAAUUAACAAUUUUGAUUAAAAAAGUAAUAGGAUUUUACGAGCGUUAUUGCCUUCGCAACCAUUUGGACCAUGCCAACGAAGUUACUGUAAUCAAGAAACUUUUUGAAGACUCUGCAAAAAAUUUGAACAAAAAAGCUCGAGACUGCUUAAUUGAGCAAGAGAAAGAGAAACUACCACAAAAACUUCCAAAACCUGAAGUAAUUCAGCAAUUAUAUUGCUAUACAGAAAAAAAAGAGCUACUGCCGAAAAAACAUUGAUUAAUUUUCUUCAUGAGGGAAUAGGACAUUUCUCUAGAAAUGAUUGGAUAGUUCUAAAUGAAUCGACUUUACUUUUAUUGCAAAUUUUUAAUCGGAAACGACAGGGGGAAUUGUCGCGAUUGCUCUGGACGGAUCUUAAUGAAAAAUGUAUUUAUAAAAUUGAUAAACAUUCUAAAGGAGACGAGUACAAAAGACUUUCUGAAAAAGAUAAAAAUAUUGCUAGUAACUAUUGCCGAGUAUCUAUUAAAAACAAACUACAAAAAAAACGAGUAGGUUUACUCAUUCAUAAGAGAUUGCUAUGUAGCAUAUACCUCAUUGGUGAGCUCAGAAAGCAUGCUGGCAUCCCAGAGAACAACAAAUACGUUUUUGCAAAGCCUAACAACAAGCUUGCCGACAGAGAUACGUAUUUUGAAGCAUACAUUGUUAUGAGGCAGUAUGCAGUUCAGUGUGGUGCCCAGAACCCUGAACUUCUUCGUGGAACUUUGCUCCGUAAACAAAUUGCAACAAUGCUUUAUGGGAUGGAUGCGGGAAUCGGCAUUAGCAAGGAAUUGGCAAGAUUUCUCUGCCACCAUUAUGAUAUUCAUGAGCAAUACUAUAGGCUUGAAAUCCCUUUCAAAGAGAUAGUACAACUAACACCCAUAUUUGUAGAUGGGCAAGGUGGCGAGGAUACGUCAUGUUUACCAUGUUUAGCAAACGAUGAUCCAGAAAUCGAUAAUGUAGUGGACGAAUCAGAGAACAGAGCUUAUCUUAAUAAUAGUGAUGACUCUAAUGAUGAAGGUGCAAAAGAGUUGAUGAACGAUGAAGAUGAUUUUAAUAAUGUUUCCAUUGAAUCCAUUGAACAGAUUGAUGUAAGUAAGUUGGACAUUCCAAUCAAUGAAAUAAACUUAAGACCUAAAAUUAAAAGAUCAUCAAAAAGAAAGUCAUCGAGUAGUGAAGAUGAUAUACCGUUGAAAAAACGAUCGAAAAAAGAUUCUUCACCAGAAUACAUACCUGAAGCAGAAUAUGAAACCGAAUCAAAUUAUGAUUUUGAUGAAGAAGAUACUGUUGAUGAUUAUUUUGAAGAUAGAAAGAAGGAAAAAUUACAAAAUAUAAAAACAAAGAAGCUUUUUGGGCUUACAUCUACAGUUGUAAAGAAAGCGAACCAUGAAGGCAGGCGAGUAGUUCCAUGGACCGAUGAAGAAAAGCAAGCCAUAAAAGAAUUUAUAAAAACCAAUGGUAAACCAAACAGAGUAACAACAAAUUUUAUUCAGCAAAUCAAAGAUGCUAAUAAACAGAUUUUAGCACAUCGCAGCAUCGCAGUUUUAAGAGCACAUCUUCACAAUUUUGGCUACGUCGAAAAAAGCUAGAGUAUACAAAUCACAUAGUUGUUUCAAUAAUCAAUAAAAAACUAGUUAAUAAGUAUAAAUGUAGUAACGUAAACUGAGUUUACUUUAAUGAGCUAUAUUAUAUAUCGUUGAA